UCAUCUUUGUUUUGUUUAGUUGUUUACUCAUAUUUUAGGUUAGAAUGGUUUUCUGUGAAAAUAUCUUGUCUCUGGAGAAUAUCAUCUACUAACGAAGAAAGCAUUCUGGAAAUCCCAGAAUUCAGGAUCGAAUCCAUUGGAAUUUCUUCUGUACUGUUCAUCUCAAAAAUCAAUAAGGAGUAAUCUACAAUGAGUGAUCAGAAAAAUAUAGAAAACGCUCAGUCAGAGUCUGACUCAAAAUCUGUGGGACAUCCAUUAUCAGACUUUCUUGCUCAGUUGGAAGAUUACACCCCUACUAUCCCUGAUGCAGUGACUGCUUCAUACCUCAAUUCAGCUGGGUUCGAAGCUUCUGAUCCUCGAAUAGUUCGCCUUAUUUCCUUGGCUGCACAAAAAUUUAUUUCAGAAAUUGCAAAUGAUGCCUUGCAGCACUGCAAAGUACGCUCUUCAAAUCUGCCCACAAAAAACAAUAAAACCAAAGACCGAAGGUACACUUUGACAAUGGAAGAUCUAACCCCUGCUCUAGCUGAGUACGGAGUGACAGUGCGGAAACCUUAUUAUUAUGUCUAGCUGAAUAGAAUACUCAGCCAAACGGAGAAGUGGGAACACAUCAGGAUGUUACAGGAACGGAAGAAAAAUUACCUCUGUCUUGUGGAACAUUUUAAGUCAAUUUAUGCACUGCAAACAAGAUCCAUCUCUUUUUUUGGACUAAGAUAUUGAAUAAAAACUGCAACUGUUAAAGGGAUUCAAAUACUUCAAAAAACCUAUCAGUACUGAAAGCAUCUUUGCGAUUCAAACUUCAAGAUGAAAUUGUUACUAUUUAGUCCGUAAGUCCAGACCUUUUCCUUCUCGGUCUCUUAUAUCUAAUGUUCCAAGGAUGACUAAGAAAGCCUGCAAAAAUGUGACAAAAUUGUUCAAUAAUAUCAGUUCCUUGCCUUCUAUUUUCCCUUGAAGAAAUAUUCAAUCUGCAGGCACUCUUGUUUUAAUUAAAAAUUAAAUAACAUGGUCCAUAAAGACAGAAUCAUGGAGAUGACAAACAAAAAAAAAAAAAUUAUAAUGGAAAAAAAUGAAAUUGACUUGAGUUUUUCCUGUGUAAUACUUUAAAAAAAAUUGUUUACCAAUUUAAACAGUCCCAAGUCAAUAUCUAGUAUUACAUCAAUGGUUACUUUAAUUUCAGUUAAGAAAUGAUUCCAUGUAAUCUGUAAAAAAAAUGUGUGUGGUUUUUCUUGUGUGUUUGAAAAUGACUAAGCAAAAAGUCAAGUAAAAAUGGCUAGUUACUCUGGUGUAGAAAAAAGGAAUACAGAAGGAGCAGAAAUGUGGAAACACCACAGUAUUGGAUUACUUGGUUGUUGUGCUUAGCCAUCAAUAUCAGGAAUUAAUAAUAUGCUACCUGCAUCUGAGUGAAAUUCUGUCUCCCUUAAAUUCAUUUGAAAGGUUCUAAAAUUCUGUUAAGAAGGUAAUGUCAGCUUUAGGUUACAAAAUUAUUUUUGACUAAUACCAUCAAUUUUGUCAAAAAGCCUCUCACGGCAUAUUUUUGACAGUCCAAACAAGUGGAAGUUAAACCCUCCAUGAACAAGAAAUCUCAGUGCUUCAUCAAUCCAAUUUCAUCUUUCGGUCGGACUGCAUUACACAAAACAGGAUCAAUUUUUCUGACAUAUCCUCAAAAGAACUACCUAUGAAGGAAAAUAUAUGGAAUAUGUAUUUUGUUUCUAAAUUGAGCCAUGAAAUAUGGUUUUUUUAUGUGUAAUGUAUGUAGUAGAGUUAUUUCUGUUCUCGGACAUUGGACAAAAUUGUGUGUGGAACCAAAGUUAGAUCAUAUUUAUUGUUGGAUCUUAAUAACUUGCUCACUACCUUUAAUGCAUGUGAAUUUUUAUCUCUCGUUGCUUCCCAGCCUGAUUAUGUAUUUUCUUUUUGGAGCUUAACUUUUAAACGGUGUAGAGUCAGAAUAAACAAAAUUUCACACAA